CGUUGACCCAAGUGUGGACUGCAUGUCUGGGGGGAAUAUAUGGAACAGUACCCCGACGCACCGUUUGCGGUAAUACUGCACGCUCAAAACUACCACCUACAACUUCAAACCGCGAUAUCUCGACCAACACAAGUCCGUAUCGAUUAAGAGCGCGACCUCUUCGAAACACCUACGUCACACAAUCCCACGCCUUGCGCUUUACGAAGAUUCGAGACCCACCGCUCAGUCAAUUCAAAUCACACAAUACAAUGCCUUCAUCAUCAGCACCCAAAUCGGACCCCUACAUCGUUUACGGUCGCGGCGGCGCAGGCAACAUCCACCACCGCAGCACAAUCCGCAGCGCCUGGAAGUCCAUCAAGAACUCGCCCUCCACCUCUCCCCCACUCACCGCCAGCGUAUCCCCAGACAACUAUUACGCAGCCUGGAACGCAAAAUCCGAGGACCCACGGAAGGCACGUAGGGAGUCGCAACUCGCCUCAUCCGCGUCGUCGGUCGCAGACGGUGCAGACAUUAAGCGGAACACGUCCUCGGGGAGCUUAUCCUUCCUGAAGAGGGACGGCGACGGAGUGAAGCGCAACACAUCUUCUGGAUCUCUGUUUUCGCUGUCGAGGAGCGAUACGGGCAGCAGGAGUCAUAAUGGACUGAGUGGGCUGAGCAAGAUUUUUGGCAGGAGGAGUAGUGUCGAGGAUGACAGGAGCGUGAGCACGAGUACGACUGUGGAGAGUGUGCAGGAGGAGGAUGCUGAUGCGAUGGUUAUGAGGAGAGAGAGUUUGUGUUUUCUUGCAUGCGAUUUAGCGAGCGAUACCACGACUAGAAGGUUAGGUUAGAUGCGAAGUACUGGACAGGAAAAGCAACGAGAUUACUGCCAGCAAACAAGAAGUUUGCCGAAUGAUUAUGUUGCGGUCAUGGGGAAGGAUGUGUUGCAAGUGGUCUGCUGCAUUAUGGCUUCAAUGUUGUCUGCCAAGCUCAAGGUAUCCCUUUUGUUCCCCACAUCUUGCACAUCGAGAUCAACUUUGGGGAAUACGUCUCGAUUCCAUACCCCUUCAAGUAGUCAUGUCGCUC